AUGUGGCGGCUGUUAUACUUGUUCCUGCUCAUUGUCCGUGUGUAUUUCGCGCUCUGUCCGAGUUAUCUUCACCCGGAUGAAAUCUUUCAAGGUCCUGAACCAAUUGCUGGAUACCUUUUCCCGUAUCCAGCCCGUCAAACAUGGGAAUGGACGUCUUCUCACCCCAUCCGGAGUGUCUUUCCUCUCUGGCCCAUAUAUGGCUUGCCAAUGACCCUGUUGAAAUGGGUCUGGGCUCAGGAUGAAGACGACCUUGUCGAUCCCGCCGUCAUCUAUUAUACUCUCCGACUCGUGAUGCUUGCUCUCAGCUUCGUGCUGGAAGAUUGGGCUGUCCAUGAUCUCGUUCGUUCUCCUCGACAUUGGCGACAGGCGGUUAUCUUGGUCACUUCUUCUUAUGUCACUUGGACCUUUCAAACACAUACCUUUUCGAAUUCUGUUGAGACCCUCGUUGUGUUAUGGAGCUUGGUGGUCAUAGAACGCAUUUUGCGUGAAAACAAGCGUUCAGCGAUCGCGUCGAGCAUUGUGCUAGGAUUUCUUCUUGUCUUUGGCACGUUCAACAGGAUUACUUUUCCAGCCUUCGUUGUGAUACCCGGCAUUCACUUGUUGCCACACUUCUUGAAUAGACCAUUUUGCUUUCUUGCUCUGACCUUGUCUGGCCUGGUCUGGACAUUACUUGCUGUCCUUGUCGACACAGCUUAUUACUCCGGACCUGCUGCGACCAGGUCCUUUGGAGCACUAUUUGACCAUGUCCGCCACCACCCUGUAAUAACGCCUCUCAAUAAUCUCUUGUACAACACACAAACGAGUAAUCUCGCGGAGCACGGCCUCCACCCGCACUACCAACAUCUUGUCGCGAACCUGCCUCAACUUUUGGGACCAGCACUUGUUCUUCUGCUUGCGAGCGCCUAUCCCUUCAACUUGCGCGUGCUCAAGGCCACCCUCGCCAACAAUCGUCUUGCUUCCGCCGCCGCAGGGACACUCUUCUUGAGCCUAAUCCCUCAUCAAGAACCAAGGUUCCUCCUUCCGAAUGUCCCAUUGAUCUUAACCAGCAUCCGAGUUCCGCCCUCGAAAUUCUGGUCACGCAUCUUCUGGGCAUCAUGGAUCAUCUUCAACACAGCUCUUGCUAUUUUGAUGGGAAUAUAUCACCAAGGCGGGAUUAUUCCUGCUCAACUCGCAAUGCCUUCGCUAAUCGUGCAAUCGACUAAUACCACACAUUCCGACGCUCACAAUAUCGAAGUAUUCUGGUGGAAAACUUAUCCACCGCCAACAUUCCUCCUUGGAUCCGAGCCAUUGCACCCAGCUACGAAUCGGUCUCUCAACGUCUCCACUGUUCCACUUAUGGGCUACCCACAAAACGAACUGGUCUUCAUGCUCAUGCAACACAUGCCAACAUGUGACCCCACGUUGAUUGAACGAUUCUUCAUACACAAGGAAAAGACGGACGUCUACGUGGUGGCCCCGCUGAGUGCAUGGCGCCUCAGUCCCACGCAGGGUCCAGGGCAGCAAGCAUAUCAAUACCCUCCGGUCUCGAACUUCAGCUUCGCAAUUGAUAUGAAUCAACCGCCAGCGCAAUUACAGAUGACGAACCUGGCGGUCUUCCGCAGACACGUCAAUCUCGAUGAUCUAGAUUUUGGCGACGACGGAGUCUGGCCUACACUUGAACGCGUCGUGGGCCGAAGAGGACUCGGCGUGUGGAAAGUCGAUCGCAUUUGUGGCCCAAUACAGUACGUCGAUGCACAUACAGGGGAGAAAUUGAGCCCGGAGCAAGUCAAGCAGAGGGAGGAAGAUCUCAAGCACAGCGAGGCAGAUACGCGUGGGAAGCAGGAAAAAUGGGGCUCGCCCACCAAUCAACCUGGGGACCUUCAUGUUCUUCAAGAGACAGAAGAGCCUCUCGAGCCGGUAACCUCUUCCUUCACAGCUGCAGUCAAGGAAGCCGUGUCCAGUUUCAGCUCGAAAUUGGGUGAGAUGAUCGAAGCGGAGGAAGCUCGAGGGAUGAGGGUCAGCACAACUACAGUACCGGCCAACUUCUCUGCGCAAGAGGUGCAUGUAGCGUCCUGA